AUGGCCACGCUGUACGCUCGCCAGAGCCAGCUAAGGGCUGCCAAAUUCUUCUCCAUCCCGGGGCCCUUCGCCUCGACCAGAUUCUUCUCUCAGCAGCAGCAGCGCCCGCGCUUCUCCUCCCGCCUGCGCCACGCCCUCAAGAAUUCAAAGGUCCAAUGGUACCAGAUUCCCGUUGGAGUCGGAAUUGGCUUCCUUGGCUUGGUUCAGUUCUACAAGGUCUCAUCGCGCGAGCGUGAAAAGGAGGAGAGGGGCGAGGUUCAGGAUGGCGCGCCACCACCCAAGAAGCGUGCGAAGAUCAGGCCCGAUGGACCCUGGCAGGUCCAGGUCAUGUCAACGCUCCCCUUGAAGGCCAUUUCGAGACUAUGGGGUCGCUUCAACGAAUUGACUAUUCCAUACUACCUACGGGUUCCCGGAUUCAAGCUGUAUUCAUGGAUUUUCGGCGUCAACUUAUCUGAGGUCGCCGAGCCCGACCUGCACACGUACCCGAACCUCGCCUCCUUCUUCUACCGUGAGCUUAAGCCCGGCGCCCGUCCCCUCGACCCGAAUUCCAACGCCCUGCUUUCCCCGUCUGACGGUCGAGUCCUGCAGUACGGCCAGAUCCAGGGCGGAGACAUUGAGCAGGUCAAGGGCAUGACGUAUAGCAUAGACGCCCUUCUCGGCAAGAACACCCCGACGCCCAGUAUCUCAAGCGGCUGGUCCACGCCGCAGGAGGUCGAGGCCGAGAACUCGAACAGUGUUUCCCCGAGCCAAGACCUCGUCAAGACGGACGAGGAGUUCGCCCGCGUCAAUGGCAUCUCUUACACGGUUCCUAGCCUUCUGUCGGGUGCGGCCAUGUCCCAGCGGAGGGGGUCUCUCAAGGACGAGGCCGGCGAGCAUCCGUCGGCGUCUGCCGUCUCCGAGGUCCGCGCCGAUCUUGCUCUUGGCGAGAAGCCUUGGUACGACCUCAUCUCGCCAGACAACAAGACCGCUCUCUACUACGCUGUCAUCUACCUCGCUCCUGGAGAUUACCACCGCUUCCACUCACCCGCAAACUGGGUCGUCGAAAGACGCCGUCACUUCGCCGGUGAGCUCUUCAGCGUUUCCCCUUACCUCCAGCGCACUCUGCCGGGCCUCUUCACCCUCAACGAGCGGGUCGUUCUGCUCGGCCGAUGGCGUUAUGGGUUCUUCAGCUACGUCCCUGUUGGAGCCACCAACGUUGGCUCCAUCAAGAUCAACUUCGAUCGAGAACUGCGCACCAACAGCUUGACCACCGACACGGCGGCUGACCGGGCUGCCGAGGAGGCCGCAAACCGUGGCGAGCCGUACACAGGCUUUUCCGAAGCCACCUAUGCUUCUGCCAGUCCUGUGCUUGGCGGGCAUGCUCUACGCAGAGGCGAGGAAAUGGGCGGUUUCCAGCUGGGUAGCACGAUUGUGCUGGUCUUUGAGGCACCGACGGAGGGCAAGACUCCCGAGGACAAGAAGGGAUGGAGAUGGGCCGUUGAGAAGGGCCAGACGGUCAGGAUGGGCCAGGCGUUGGGCUACGUCGAGGAGGAGUGA